UGUUUCUGUUACUAUUGAAUGGCUCUACGCAAUGGCAGGUUUUGAUUUAAAGAUAUUUUUUCUCUUCCUUUCCCCCCACCCCACCCCCGGCAGAGUUUCCGAUGCCCGCCAGGUCCACGGUGAAUGCUGGAAGUUGUGAUCACCCCAGAUGGAGCCCCGAGGUCAACAUGGCGGUGGCGGUUCAUUAGUCGUGAUCCAGCCACCCUCCCUCGACAGUCGGCAGAGACUGGAGUACGAGCGGGAGCUGAGACACACUGCCAUCCUCUCCCUCGACCAGAUCAAAGCCAUCAGGAGCAGCAACGAGUACACAGAAGGUCCUGCGCCCACAACGGCCAAGAAGGGCAGUAACAGCCGGCCGGCGCAGCGACAUGACAAGCACGAGAGGACUCACGAAGUCAUAACCAUCAACGUGAACAACAACUAUGAGCAGCGGUCCUCUCAGCCGCAGCCUCAGCCGCAGCCGCACGCCCCUCACCACCAACCGGCCGGCAGGAUGCCAGCGCUGAGCAGGUCAACCAGCACAGGCAGCGCCGCCAGCUCGGGGAGCAACAGCAGCGCCUCGUCCGAGCAGGGCCUCCUGGGCCGUUCGCCCCCCGCCCGGCUCAGCUCCGGCCACCACAGAGCGGAGCGGACAAUCCGGAUCCAGCCCAAGCCCUCCGCCGUGGCCGGCUGCGCGUCCGACGAGCUGAAGUGCUUGGGGAAAGAGGACUUGGCCAAGCACAGGUUUAUAUGUGAGCGAUGCGGGAGGUGCAAGUGCGGGGAGUGCACUGCACCCAGGACCCUGCCCUCCUGCCUGGCCUGCAACAGGCAGUGCCUGUGCUCUGCCGAGAGCACGGUGGAGUAUGGCACUUGCAUGUGCCUGGUCAAGGGAGUCUUCUACCACUGCUCCAGCGACGACGAGGACUCGUGCGCGGACAGCCCUUGCUCGUGCACCCAUUCCCACUGCUGCUCCAGGUUCUGUUGCAUGGGUCUGAUGUCCUUGUUCCUGCCCUGUCUGCUUUGCUACCUUCCGGCCAAGGGCUGCGUCAAACUCUGCCAGGGCUGCUAUGACUGGGUGCACCGGCCCGGGUGCCGGUGCAAGAACUCCAACACUGUCUACUGCAAAGUCAAGAGCUGCCCCACGCGAGGGCAGGACAAACCUUCUUGAUGGGAAGCAGCGGUUUGCGAAGCCUCGCGUGUCCUUGUUUUCUUGUUUUUCUCUCUUCCCCCACCACCCCCACC